AUUCAGUUUUAGUCAUCUAUUUUUCAUUUCACUAUUAUCAAACUCACCAACAUAGAGAGAUUCACUUCACUUCUAGCUCAAGAACAAAACAACAAUGCAAAAAAUGAGUCUAAACCUCGUCUGGUUCUGGACAGUACUCACCUUUCUGUUUCUGUUUUUGCUUAUGACCAAUUCAGAAUCAGAACAUGUCAGACAAGCCCUUGUCACCUUCAUGCAUAAACUCGAACCACCUCAUCAGAAUUCCAUAUCGGGUUGGAACCUCACAUCAGAUCCUUGCACUCAUAACUGGCACGGAGUAACUUGCUACACAAGCAACCAGUACAUUAAGAGCAUAGUUCUUGAAAACCUCAACUUCACUGGUGUUCUAGACGCGACUUCUCUUUGCAUUGCUAGCAAUCUUCAAUUCCUCAGCCUCAACAACAAUUACUUACACGGUUUUAUGUCAGAGGAUAUAAGAAACUGCAAGUUCUUGACGCACUUGCUUCUUAGUGGUAACAAAUUCUUUGGCAAUCUUCCUCUUGCCAUUCCUCAACUACGGAACCUGAAGCGCCUUCAUGUUUCGGACAAUCACUUCACCGGAAACCUUCCGAAUAUGGUUAAUGUUACAAGCUUGAUAUCCUUUCUAGCUCAAAACAAUGCCUUCACUGGUCAGAUUCCUGAUUUUGAUUUCUCAAAUUUUGAAGCUUUUAAUGUCUCUAACAACAAUUUACGCGGUCCUAUUCCUGAUGUUGAAGGCAUUUUUAAAGCAAAUAGUUUUUAUGGUAAUCCUAAUUUAUGUGGAAAACCAAUUUCAAACUCUUCAUGUCCACCACCACCUUUUCGUCGUCCUCCUCCAAUUGUUAAGAAAGACAGAAAUAAAAAUGCAUUUAUCGAUGAUUUGCUAAUCUAUUCAGGUUAUAUAGCUCUUGGUUUAAUUUUCAUUAUUUUCUUGAUCUUCAAGUUGUUAAAAAAAUGCAAGACCAAAGAUAAAGAAAAAGUAUUAAAUCAUGUUGAAAAGAAGGAAAUGUCACAGGACCCUAGUUUUGUUGUUGGUGGUGAAAAGCUUAGUGAGAUAUUAAAUUCCAAUGGAUCGAAGAGUUGGUUUAAUGGCCUCGGGAUAAAAUCGGAGUAUUCUAUGACAUCCAUGGAAAGUGGAGUGACUACAUCAGGUCUUGUUCUUCUUUCAAGUAGAAAGCUUAGAGGUUUACAAUUUGAGGAUUUGUUAAGUGCUCCUGCCGAAUUGAUUAGGCGAGGAAAACACGGAAGCCUAUACAAGGUUAUGCUAGAUUAUGGAGUACUUUUAGCUGUUAAGAGGAUCAAGGAUUGGGGAAUUUCAAAGCAUGAGUUUGAGAGAAGGAUGAACUUGAUAGCUCAAGUGAAGCAUCCUCUUGUAAUGUCACCGGUCGCGUACUAUUGCUCUCAGCAAGAGAAGCUUCUGGCUUAUGAAUAUCUUCCAAAUGGUAGCCUCUUCAUGUUGCUCUAUGGAUCUCACAGUGGACACUCUCUUGACUGGAGGAGCAGACUAGAUGUUGCUGUAAAGAUAGCGGAAUCUUUGGCCUAUAUGCAUGCGGAGCUUGGUGAUAGUGGAAUAGCACAUGGUAACUUAAAAUCAAGUAACAUUCUGUUUGACAAGAAUAUGAAUCCGCAAAUAAGCGAAUAUGGACUAAUGAUGGCUGAAAACCGAGGAGUUAUUUCCCAUAGAAAAAGCCUCGGAAACAGAAAUAUGUCUCCAGCAGCCACCUUCAGAGCUGAUAUAUAUGCAUUUGGAGUCAUACUUCUCGAACUCCUGACGGGGAAAGUAGUUAAAAAUGAUGGAUUUGAUUUGGUUAAAUGGGUGAAUUCGGUGAUCAGUGAGGAAUGGACGGCAGAAGUUUUUGACAGGUCCUUAAUCUCACAAGGUGCUUCUGAAGAGAGGAUGGUGAACUUGUUGCAGGUGGCACUGAAAUGCAUAAAUCCUUCUCCAAAUGAUAGGCUAAGUAUGAGUCAAGUGGCAGUCAUCACAAACGCGUUGAAAGACGAAGACGACAAAUCCAUAUCUUUUGACACAUGAUUGAGAGUUUAAUCAUCGUAUCAUGGUUUAUUAGUAUUAGGUUUCUACAGUUUAAACAUGAAUAAUGCCGCCAUAAAUUGUUGAGUAAGUAUCAAACGAAUUGAGGAAAUUAUAGCGCUUAAGCAGAAAGGAGCAGUUUAUAAGAAUUAAGAGCAGGAUUAGUUCUGUAAUAAGAAUUUUCAAUCCACAUUACAAAUCCAAGUUUAAUUUCUAUUUUAAAGUCCAUUUGAAUAACCAAUAUUUUCAUUCAAGAGUUGAAAAGAAUGAUACAAACAUUGAAGUUAAUAUUUUCCCAAGCAUAAAGGAUGCCCAAAUAGCGAAUGGUUCUUGUAUGAAAUCAAGACCUUUAUAUAAAUUAGAUUUACCUAAUGUAUUGCUUAUUUUGAAGGAUGGGAGGCAAAGUGAUCUAAA